UGCGUGUGUGUGUGUGUGUGUGUGUGUGUGUGUGUAAUCACACAGGCAAACCACCCCAGUGAGUGUCGGUGUUUAGGGAUCGGUAUAUAAACCGCGGCGCGUCUCUUCUUGGUCACUGGCGCUUUACGCACUGAAGCCAUCGCGAGCGGAUCCUCUUCACUCCGGUGGAACUGACAAUGCCUCACGACUGGGGAUACGGAGCGGAUAACGGACCGGACACAUGGCACGAGAAGUUUCCGAUAGCUAACGGACCCCGCCAGUCUCCCAUUGACAUCGUGACUGGUGAGGCUCGGUAUGACCCUGAGCUCAGGCCACUCACACUGCGUUAUGAUCCAUCAGUUUCUCUGGACAUCAUCAACAAUGGCCACUCCGUCCAGGUCACUUUCUCAGAUGACAAGGACGCAUCAACUCUGACAGGGGGCCCCAUAACCGGCACCUACAGGCUUAAACAGUUCCAUUUUCACUGGGGAUCUAGCGAUGAUAAAGGCUCCGAGCACACAGUUGAUGGAAAACUGUACCCUGCUGAACUUCAUCUAGUUCACUGGAAUACUACAUAUCCCAACUUUGGAGAAGCUGCUAGCAAGUCUGAUGGCCUCGCCGUGGUUGGAGUCUUCUUGGAGAUUGGUGCUGCAAACCCUCAACUCCAGAAGGUUAUUGAUGUACUGGAUGCCAUUAAAGCAAAGGCAACGCAGACGUCAUUUGCAGACUUUGACCCCACUACGCUGCUGCCUAACACUCUGGACUACUGGACAUACGAUGGCUCCUUGACCACACCCCCACUGCUCGAAAGUGUUACAUGGAUCGUCUGCAAGAAGUCAAUCAGUGCUAGCCCUGCACAGAUGGAGAAAUUCCGUAGCCUGCUCUUCUCUGUGGAGGGGGAGCCCGAGUGCCAAAUGGUGGAUAACUACCGCCCACCUCAGCCUCUGAAAGGUCGUGAAGUCCGCUCAUCUUCCAAAUGAGCUGCUCCUGGAUUCUUAAGCCUGCCCUUGACCCCUGUCAUGUUGUUUGGUUUUUACAUUAGAAUAAUAUUUCCCUUCCAUCUGACAAGAGCACUACUAAGUCUUUGCUUUUUUUACGCUCCAUUGUAGAUAUAUAGUCAGCGGAAGAAUAAUUUGCUUCUGUAUAUUUUGGGUAUGGUGUCUGGCUCAUCGUAAUCAAGAUUCACCAAAACAUACACACAUGCAAACCAAAUGUCUAACUCCAUGCUGCAGUGAAGUGGGCCAUCUGUCAUGGUUAUCUCUCUCUGCCUGCUUCAGGAUCAUGGCAGCUUAGCAAAAAGCAGCUUACCGCCAUAACAUCCCUUAAAGCAUCACUUUUACAGAUAUACCGUACUGUGCAAGCCUUUCGGUCAUGCAGUUUUCUAAUGAAAUCACUGUUCCAGGUUUCUUGGAGAACUUGAUACAGUUCUUCUUCUUCUCCUUGGUCUAUUAGCUCCUACGGUCCUGUAAUAGUGAAUAAAAAAAAAAUCUUUUGAAAUCUAAUUUUUUUCUUUUCUACUGACACUAAUGCAGUAGAUACAAAGUAGGCAAUGUAAGACAAAACUUACAUUGCCUAAAAUAUUCGCACAGUACUGUAUAUGAGUCACGGUGUCAUGCCUACACUGAAAAACACGCACACGUACGAUAUCUGCACAACAGAGGAGGAGUAUGGUGGUUAACGCUUGAGUAUCGAAUCCUCAAAACGGAAGUUAGUUUCACAUUUGAUGUCUUCUAGAGCAGCUUAGAAUGAACUGUGAUCCUUGUGUGAAAGCAUAUGUAUGUAGUGUAUGUUCACUUUUUAAUGAUUCCCUAAAGAUAUCUAAUGAACACAUUGUUGCUGUUGAGUUGUCCUUAAAGGAAGGGCUGGCGCAAAAAAAUAUGCAUACUAUUUUACUACAGACCACAGUCAGCUCACUGAAACACGUUCAUUCAGCAAAAUAUGACGUUUUUAAUGUUUCCUUCCUUUUCCCAUUUUGUUGCAUGAAAUCACGGGACCAGAGAAUUUGUGGCGAUUCGUUGAACUUGAACGUUUCAGAUGUGUUGACUGUAUUAUAUCUGGAAUGAUUCUGACAUACUAUUAUUUAGGAUAUGUUAGGACUACAUUAUGCUAAAUGCUAAAUUAUUAGAUGGUUUUAAUUAAAUAUGCUAUACAUAUAUUCAAUUAUAUUAUAUAUUUUAAUGUCAAUUUUUGUGCACUAAAUAAGACAGCUAAUAAAAAAACCAAAUAACUUGUCAUACUAGAAUGUUUAUACUUAUAUUUAUAUUAAUUAGAAUCUUUAAAUAAAGUGCUUAGCAUGCUUGAACCCAUAA